CGGAAAAACGAUGUACAGCUCAAACGCGGAGGUCGUCUGUGGACCCUGGCUACAGUGCAUACAAGACUGCGAGCAAUGGCGUCAUAAGUUGCCUGCCAAGUGGACGAUGGCAGAAUGUUUCUUGCGAGCCGAUUAGUAUUGUGAGGCUCCAUGGCGAUAGUUCCUUUUAUCGUGGGCGUGUAGAGGUUUACCAGAACCGCUUGUGGGGAACAGUUUGUGUUGCAAAAGACAAACGGGACGUUCGUAUUGCCAAUGUCAUCUGUAAUCAACUUGGACUGCAAGGCGGAAGAUAUUUAGAUGAUUCAGAAUUUUCCAAAGGAACAGGUCCAGUGCAGUUGAGUAAUGUCGCGUGCACGGGUUUGGAGACUUCAGUCUUCAACUGCACGCACAGUGGUCUUGACUUGCGCAACUGCAGUCACGAUGAUGUAAUCGGUGUCAUGUGCAAUGAAAGCGCACAAGUACGACUAAAAGGUGGACAAUCCCAGUACUCCGGGAGGGUGGAAGUCUACUAUUAUGGCGUGUGGGGAACCGUAUGUGAUGACGAAACGGAUAUGAAUUUUGUCACAGUCAUUUGUAAUGAGCUGGGACUGCAUAGUGGAAAGCUAUUACAAAAAGGAGAAUAUGACCCAGUGACCAGUAUCAUAUGGCUUGACGACGUUAGUUGUAACGGAUCUGAAUCAUCAAUCGUCAACUGCAAACACAACGGCUGGGGUAUCCACGACUGCGCCUACGAUGAAGAUGUUGGUGUGUCGUGUAAUGUCUCUGUUUGUGGAGUACUGCCAUCUAUUGAACACGGAUCUCUGAAACUGCAACAUCACAAUGCUUCAUACGCGCUGGUGUAUUGUAACGAAGGUUACACGAAGAGCUCACUUGUUAUUGAAUGUCAGUCGAAUGGACAAUGGACAAAUGCAAACUGCAGUAGUAUCAACUGUGGUAGGCCUUUACCAAUUUUGAACGGACAUAUCACAUUGCACGAUAGAAAAACAACAUAUGGCGCAUUUGCCAGCGUUCUUUGCGAUCCAGGAUACCUGGCAAAUGUAUCUCAGAUUAUGUGUGUAUCCAGUGGACGGUGGGGAAACGCUUCUUGUGAGCUGCUAGAUUGCGGUUUGCCAAAGCCAAUCACGAACGGGAAUAUAUCAUUAAGGGAUCCAACAACAACUAGUUACAGAGCUAUGUCUGAUGUGAGCUGUAACACAGGUUAUGAACCCACCACGCCACAAAUAACUUGCACGACAAGUGGAUUGUGGGAAAAUGCUUCGUGCAACGCACGCGAUUGCGGAGAUCCUGUAUCUAUUCGAAAUGGAACAAUUGUUAUAUUCAAUGAAUUUAAUACAACAUACGGCUCACUUGCCAACGUUAGUUGUGCGACAGGCUAUGAACACGAUACGUCACAGAUUAUGUGUAAGGCCAAUGGAGAAUGGCAAAAUGCGUCCUGUCGCCCAAAAGAUUGCGGAAAUCCUGCAUCUAUUCAAAAUGGAACAAUUGUUCUGUUCGAUGCGUUCAAUACAACAUACGGCGCAUUCGCCAACGUCAGUUGUUCGCAAGGCUAUGUACAUGAUACGUCACAGAUUAUGUGUGAGGCAAAUGGAGAAUGGCCAAAUGCGACCUGUCGCCCACGAGAUUGUGGAGCACUUCCGCUUUUGCAAAAUGGAAAUCUGACGUUACUUCAACAGGGCACUAGUACGUUUGGCGCAAGUGCCAGCGUCAAUUGCACCGUCGGUCACGUUCCAACGGCAAUCGAGAUUACAUGCAUGUCUGAUGGAAUGUGGUCGGCAGCUACAUGCAACCCCAUUGACUGUGGUAAGCCUUUAUUAAUUUUGAACGGACAUAUCACAUUGCACGAUGGACAUACAACAUAUGGCGCAUUAAGCAUCGUUCUUUGCAAUCCUGGAUACGUGGCAAAUGUAUCUCAGAUUAUGUGUGUAUCAAGUGGACUGUGGGAAAACGCUUCUUGUGAGCUGCUAGAUUGCGGUUUGCCAAAGCCAAUGCCAAACGGGAAUACAUCAUUAAGGGAUCCAACAAAUACCAGUUAUGGAGCCAUGUCUGAUGUGAGCUGUAACACAGGUUAUGAACCCACCACGCCACAAAUAACGUGCACGACAAGUGGAACGUGGGAAAAUGCUUCGUGCAACGCACGCGAUUGCGGAGAUCCUGUAUCUAUUCGAAAUGGAACAAUUGUUCUAUUUAAUGCAUUUAAUACAACAUACGGCUCAUUUGCCAACGUAAGUUGUGCGACAGGCUAUGAACAUGAUACGUCACAGAUUAUGUGUGAGGCAAAUGGAGAGUGGCAAAAUGCGUCAUGUCGCCCAUUAGAUUGUGGACCACUUCCGUUUUUGCAAAACGGAAAUCUGACGUUACUUCAACAGGGAACUAGUACGUUUGGUGCAGGUGCCAACGUCAACUGCAGCGUUGGUUACGUUCCAACGAAAAUCGAGAUUUCGUGCAUGUUUGAUGGAAUAUGGUCGGCAGCUUCAUGCAACCCGAUUGGCUGUGGCAAUCUAUUAUCAAUUCUGAAUGGUCAGAUCUCGCUAAUGGAACAAAACAACACAACUUACGGAGCAGAGGCCAUUGUCAUGUGCAGUAUUGGGUACACUACGAAUUCUCCGCGGAUAACUUGCAUGGCAAAUGGGCAGUGGGAACAAGCUUUAUGUGACAUUACAGAUUGUGGAAUACCAAGUGUUCUUCAUGGUACCAUUCUGUUGAUUGAAAACACCACAUACGGGGCCGUGGCGUCAUUCUCUUGUGACGUUGGAUACAAGUAUAUGGGGAACCAGUUAACAUGCACGGCAAAUGGCACGUGGUCAGGGGAACGAUGCUAUACAACUGACUGUGGUAGGCCUUUACCAAUUUUGAACGGACAUAUCACAUUGCACGAUAGAAAUACAACAUAUGGCGCAUUAGCCAUCGUUCUUUGCAAUCCUGGAUACCUGGCAAAUGUAUCUCAGAUCAUGUGUGUAUCCAGUGGACGUUGGGAAAACGCUUCUUGUGAGCUGCUAGAUUGCGGUUUGCCAAAGCCAAUGCCAAACGGGAAUACAUCAUUAAGGGAUCCAACAAAUACCAGUUAUGGAGCCAUGUCUGAUGUGAGCUGUAACACAGGUUAUGAACCCACCACGCCACAAAUAACGUGCACGACAAGUGGAACGUGGGAAAAUGCUUCGUGCAACGCACGCGAUUGCGGAGAUCCUGUAUCUAUUCGAAAUGGAACAAUUGUUCUAUUUAAUGCAUUUAAUACAACAUACGGCUCAUUUGCCAACGUAAGUUGUGCGACAGGCUAUGAACAUGAUACGUCACAGAUUAUGUGUGAGGCAAAUGGAGAGUGGCAAAAUGCGUCAUGUCGCCCAUUAGAUUGUGGACCACUUCCGUUUUUGCAAAACGGAAAUCUGACGUUACUUCAACAGGGAACUAGUACGUUUGGUGCAGGUGCCAACGUCAACUGCAGCGUUGGUUACGUUCCAACGAAAAUCGAGAUUUCGUGCAUGUUUGAUGGAAUAUGGUCGGCAGCUUCAUGCAACCCGAUUGGCUGUGGCAAUCUAUUAUCAAUUCUGAAUGGUCAGAUCUCGCUAAUGGAACAAAACAACACAACUUACGGAGCAGAGGCCAUUGUCAUGUGCAGUAUUGGGUACACUACGAAUUCUCCGCGGAUAACUUGCAUGGCAAAUGGGCAGUGGGAACAAGCUUUAUGUGACAUUACAGACUGUGGUUUCCCACCAGAUAUGCCAAACGGAAUCAUUACAUUAUUUGACGAAUCAAACACAACGUAUGGUGCCCUUGCAAAGGUUAAUUGUACACCAGGCUAUGAACAUACCCAACAUAUCAUACAAUGUGCAACAUCUGGAUGGGAGAACACGUCCUGCGAACCGCAUGAUUGUGGAUCUACUCCGUCUCUUCAAAACGGAUUUGUUCAAACAUCAGACGGAACUACUUUUGGAAAAACGGCCGUGUAUGCAUGUAAUCCGGGAUAUACAUUUAUUGGAUUCCCCGUUAUAUCAUGUCUUUCUUCAGGAUGGCCUUUUAUUGAAAAUUCAUGUAUAAUCAAAGAUUGCGGCCAAUUGAAGAACCCAACAAAAGGUAAGGUAGAUAUGAGUAAAGGCUCCACCUAUCAGGCUGUUGCCAGGUACACGUGUAACCAAGGUUACGAUUUGAUUGGAGAUGAGAAGAGAAUGUGUCAGUCAACUGGGACUUGGUCAGGCAUACAACCGUCUUGUAUUUCAAAAGAGCAAACGAAAGUUGUUUGCAAAACCAAUGUCGACAUUCGCGGCACGGAAUGGAAGGAAGUAAUUCAAGGUUCCACUCGUGUUCAGCAAUGUGCAGAAGGAUUCGAAGGUAACAUUACAAGAGUAUGUUUUAAUGAUGGCACUUGGCAACUUCCACAGUAUAACUGUGUCAGGAAGACAGUAACAAAUGUAGCCGGAAAGGUCGAAACGUUUGUGAGCAAUGCCACGGCUGACAUGGUCAGCAAUGCUUUGGAACAGAUUGUAAAUGUGACUGGAAACGAAGCUACCACAAAUACCUCAGAACUCUUAACUGAUGCUGAGAUCACAGUUCUGGCAAACAGCUUAGAACAAGUCGCUGAAAUUGUCGUGAGCAAAAGUUUACCGACAGAAAAUGUUGUUAAGGCAUAUGUCCAGUCUGUUAGCAACCUAGUAGAUGAACGAAAUAAACAAUCAUGGGAAACCAUGAAGCAACAUAAAAGUUAUGGUGGAGAAAACAUGUUGGCGUCUGUAGACAAAAUUGGAGUCGCCCUAAGGGAAAAAGUGGCGUCGGGCGAAGAAGGUUUCACAAACAUUACGAUUGUGCAGAAAAACGUCGCACUAGAGGUAAAAAAAGUUAUCAAGCAAGACAUAGUUUUUCCUUACGCAGACAUUAAGAUUGAUCAGCACCAAGAUCAAAUUUGGGCGAAAACCUCCGAAAGCAGUAUUCUACUGAAGGCGAAGGCAAUUGGUGAUACCGAAGUUAUUGUGACCGUUGUGAUUUAUAAAGAUAUGAGCCAUGUUUUACCAAAUACUUCAGAAACACCUAUAGGAGCCAAGACAAACGAUCAGCAAAUAAAUGGUCCUAUUCUUUCACUUUCUCUCUCCAAUCACUUCGGAAAGCUGAAUCCGCCUGUAUUGCUGACAUUUGAACGAAUGAAGGCAAACCUCACAAGCCCUGUUUGCAGUUACUGGACGUUUGGAAGAAAAAAUGAAACGGGUUAUUGGGCCAGUGACGGUUGCGUGUUGCUAAAUUCUGAUGAAAACAAAACUGUUUGUCAGUGCGAUCAUCUCACCAAUUUUGCAGUCCUGAUGAGUCCAUUCGUUGAGGCAGACGCAGCGUCUGUGCCAUUACGAACGUUAUCAACUGUGGGAAUGGGGAUUUCAAUGGCAUGUCUGCUGAUCACAAUGUUGACAUACAUAUAUCUCUGGAGGUUCCUGAAAAGUGACAGGACAAUUCUGCUUUUGAAUCUAUGUGGCGCGCUAAUGCUGUCCUACAUUAUAUUUUUAGCUGGUGUAGACAAAACUGCCAACAAGGCUCUGUGUGCAACAACCGCGGUAUUUCUACACUACAUAUACUUAGUAGUGUUUUGUUUGAUGCUGGCAGAAGGUAUAGACAUAGCCAUCAGGGCUGCGUACGCAUUCAUCACCAAAUCAAGACUGAAACCUCUUCUUAUUUCCGCAUGGGUUUCGCCAGCAGUGAUAGUCGCAAUCAGUUUGCUGUCAACACAGGCCGAUGGCUAUGGAAACGAAAAAUUUUGUUGGCUGUCUUUGGAGCGUGGCCUGAUAUGGGCCUUUGUUGCUCCUGCUCUACUUAUUAUACUGUUCAACAUCGUGUGUUUGGUUCUCAUAUUAUGGAACAUGUUUCACAUGAAGGCGAUGGACAGCAAGACGUCAAUGGAAAAGAUUAAAACGAGCCUGCGUUCCCUGUGUGUGCUUGUUCCUUUGAUGGGUCUCUCCUGGAUUCUCGGCAUCUUUUACGUCAACGAGACAUCUGCAUUUAUGCAGUAUUUGUUUGCAUUGUUCAACACAUUGCAGGGCCUAUUUAUCUUCAUAUUCCACUGCAUUUUUAACCAACAGGUCAGAAAAGCUGUUCGAAGUGUGCACAACAAACACGAAAACUUGAAGUCGUUUAAAAGAUCAACGCAAAAGACGUACAACACAAGUUUUAAGAGCAGCUUUAACUCGCAUUCUGAAAACGAUUCUUCUACCAGUCAGCACCAGGUAUCUGAAGACAAUUCGGAAGGUCCCCGCAUGAAUGUCUACUCCAGACUGCGUGACAAAAUAUUGACCAAGAAGAAAGCCAAUCUCAUUGACAACAAAUGCGAAGAUCCGAAUGUCUUCUCCAGACUGCGUGACAAAAUAUUGUCCAAGAAGAAAGCCAAUUUCAUUGACAACAAAUGCGAAGAUCCGAUUCCCUUCUCAAGCGAGUCAUCGCAAGGGCCUCCCAAUGUUGUACUUCGGGCUUUAAGGUUAAUUAACAGGAACUCGCGCGUGGAAAGAAGCCAUUCAACAAAGAGCGCUAGUACGACUGUAACACAAAUGUGAGAAGGUCAAAUAAUAUAUUGAUCCA